GUGUAAAAUUAAUUUAGUGGCAAUAUCAAAUAUUAAUUUAAAGAGAGAAAGAAUCUAGUGAUGAUGAAAGCUUGAUGGAUAUUGAUUUGAGGACAGUUUAGCCAUCUAGAUUGUUGACAAAAAUAUUGAAAUGAUAUAGACUUUCAAUAAUCAGAAUCUGAGGAAUUGCUAAACGGAAUUAAUGCAAAAGUUCCUUUAUACAAUGGGAGGUAAAGGAAAACAUUUUCGGAAACCGAUUGGAUUAUGGAAAAGUUUUCAAGGAGAUUACUUCAAAGUUAUAAGCUGGUUGGAAAAUGAAACUUUGGAAGGAUUAUAUCUAAAAUAUUGAUGGAAGAAGAAAUUAGAGUUGAUCUCUAGAUAUAAACAAGAGAAAAUUAUUUUAAUAGAGAAGAAAAUUUGAAUAUAUCAAAGUGAGUAAGAGGUAAAGGGAUGAUAUCUGGUAAUAAUAGGAGGACUUUUAUGGAGAAAAGAUUUGGU